UUGAAAAGUCAGCCUCGGUGUGUGGCAGCCAAGGAAACCAUUCAGAGGAACAGUUGAGUAACUCUGGAAUAACUCAGUUGGGCUAACAUAGAUACAAAAAAAAUGCUUAGCUGUACACACCUGGGAAGGGACAAAAGGGAAAAGGCAAUGAAAACACAACAUUGAACAAAAGGCAAUUGGAGAACCUUGCAAUGCAGGCACAGCCAAAGCUGUUCAUCAGCUGCCAUAAGUUUCGAUUGUGGCCAGCUAUUCGGGUUGAAAUUGGAGGAGAUCCAUUCAGUGGAAUGAAUUUUAUUGAUUGCCUUGAUGUGUUCCUGAGUGAUCUUCAAACAGAGGGGAUUAUAUUGAUUGGAGAGACCAGUGGCAGUGCCAAAAAGGAUGCUGCCACUAUCUUAAAGGAAGUUAAUUCUGGCCUGAAUGCCAAGCCACUAGUUUCAGUCAUAGCUGGUUUGACUGCUCCUCCAAGCAGGAUAAUGAGUCAUGCUGCGACAAUCAUUGAUGUUGGAAAAGGUCAAGCUAAAGAGAAAAUAACUGCUCUUCUAAGUGUCAGAGCAGUCAUCAGGGUGAUUCUUACUCACCUGGACAGUGUCAGGUACAGUGAAUUACAGCAGUGGAAAACAUUUAGAACAGUAAGAAUUCCCCCCCAUCUCCAAAAUGUGAGUAACGCUCUUUCCGAUGUUCAGGCUGUGAGGGCUAUUGCUUCUGGAAACACUGAAACAUGAAGGAGGCUGUAAGAGGAGCUUGGGGAAACUCCAAGGCUUGAAGAACCACACACACACAUAAUAUUUGGAGGGAGGGGAAAAUU